UUUCGACUUAUACAGCAGCUCGUCCAUGCUGGGAAUUCGGCUUUAUCUAAAAGUUCUCGAGUCACUGCCUGGUUGAAAAUUGUAUGUUACCACAGAAUACGAGUACUGAAGCAGUUUUUCUGAAACCACGUGCACCAUUCAAACUGGCUGCCUUCAACGUUCGCACACUUAUGCAGGUCGGACAACAGAUACGGCUGGCUAUGUCUUUGGAAAGUCUUAAUAUUGACGUUUGUUGUCUAUCCGAGACCCGUAUUCAAGACUCUGAUAAAGUACUACAAAUUCGCUCUCCACCUUUCACUUCAAAAAGCUUGCUUUACGUGCGUUUAUCCGGCGACCCUGUGGCAUUUUCGUCUGGUCUUGCUGGAGUUGGUGUCACACUAAGCGCUAAAGCUGAAACAGCACAAAUCAAUUGGAUCCCCAUUAACAGUCGGAUAUGUGCUGUUAGACUAGGAAGUUCCAUCAAAGUGAGAAGAAAUCGGCGUGAGAAACGAUAUCUUUUCGUCAUCUCCGCCUAUGCCCCGACAGAUUGCAGCCCGGAUGCAAUCAAGAACGAGUUCUACCACCAGCUAACUGUUCUUCUCCAGAAAGUGCGUUCGACAGAUAUUGUAGUACUAGCCGGAGACUUGAAUGCUCAGGUCGGGCGUCCAGGCACAGAAGAAAAUCGUUUAGGUGGCCGAUGGAGACUUGUUGGUCGCAGGACAGAUAACGGGGAACGUCUACUGCAACUAUGCACAGACCACAACCUGUUUCUGGCUAGCACUAACUUUCGGCCCAGUCAUCGCCGAUGUGCCACCUGGCGUCCCCCUUCUGCAUCUCAAGACUGGACUCAGAUUGAUCACAUCGCGAUCAGCUACCGCUGGCGUGGUUGCGUACAAGACUGCCGCUCAUUUCGGAGUACCUAUCUGGAAUCUGAUCAUGCUCUGGUCUGCGCCAAUCAUACCUUACUUUUCAGUGACCAACGAAGUGACCGUCACCAAAGGAUUGAUGUCAGCAACUCGUCCGAGCCACUGGUAGCAAGAAGUCUGGUGUGAGCGAAACAAUCUGCGAGGAUGACGGAACGCCAGUAACUAACAUCCAUCGACGUCUUGGACGAUGGGCAGAAUUCUUCGAAGGGCAGUUCAACUGGCCUGCUGCUCCGGCAACGUCGGUCAGACUGUCCUGCCCUCCAAGGCCGGUGACCACUGAUCCACCAAAUGAGGCGGAAGUCCGCAAGGAACUCCAAAUCUUGAAACGCUACAAAUCACCGGGCCCAGAUGACUUACCUUCGGCUCUUUUUAAAGAUGGUGGUGGCCUUCUGACUAAGGGACUGACGAC